AUGGCGACGACACAUAACAUUGUCGUCUUCGGGGGCGACCACUGCGGUCCCGAGGUUGUGGCCGAGGCGAUCAAGGUCCUCAAAUCCAUCGAGAUUCACAGCCCAUCGGCCGGAAAGUUCAAUCUCCAGGAGCAUCUCUUGGGCGGUGCCUCCAUCGACGUACACAAGGAUGCCCUGACAGACGAGGCCCUCUCGGCUGCCAAGGCCGCCGACGCCAUUCUUCUCGGCGCUAUCGGUGGACCGGAAUGGGGCCCCUCGUCGCCAGUGCGCCCGGAGCAAGGAAUCCUCAAGCUGCGCAAGGAGCUAGGCACCUACGGCAACCUUCGCCCUUGCAGCUUCGCUUCCGAGUCCCUUGUCGACCGCUCGCCGCUCAAGGCUGAAGUCUGCCGCGGCACCGACUUCGUUGUCGUGCGUGAGCUGACGGGCGGCAUCUACUUUGGCGACCGCGUCGAGGACGACGGAUCCGGCUAUGCGUGCGACACGGAGCCCUACACGCGCCCCGAAAUCGAGCGCAUCGCCCGCCUCUCCGGCUUCCUCGCCCUAGCCAGCAACCCGCCCGCCAAGGUGUGGAGUCUCGACAAGGCCAACGUCUUGGCCACGAGCCGGCUGUGGCGCAAGGUUGUGACCGAGGUCUUUGCCAAGGAGUUCCCCCAGCUCCAGCUCGGCCACCACCUCAUCGACAGUGCCGCCAUGUUGAUGAUUAAGAACCCCCGAGCCCUGAACGGCGUCGUCAUGACGAGCAACCUGUUUGGCGAUAUUAUCAGCGACGAGGCCUCUGUCAUCCCGGGAAGCAUCGGUCUGCUGCCGAGCGCCAGCUUAGGCGGUAUUCCCGACGGCAAGGGCAAGUGCAACGGCAUCUAUGAGCCUAUCCACGGCUCCGCCCCGGACAUUUCGGGCAAAGGCAUCGUCAACCCUGUGGGCACCAUCCUCUCGGUCGCCAUGAUGCUCCGGUACUCGCUUAACCUGCCCAAGGAGGCUGACGCCGUCGAGGCUGCAGUCAAGGCCGCCAUUGACAGCGGCAUGCUGACCAAAGAUCUCGGAGGAUCCGCCGGCACUGUCGAGAUGGGUGACGCGAUUAUCGCCGAGCUGGAGAAGAUCCUCAAGGCAUGA